ACCUGGAAUUGGAGGAAUUCGGAGAGCAAUCUGUAAACCUCUCCUUCCGAGAACACUGCACGUUUCAGUCCUCGUUCUGUGUACGCCCCAUUUCUAGUUGGGUUAAUUAUCGUUCGUCCAUCCGCUUACUCUGCCCUUUCGGUUACCUUCCUCUUCUUCUCCUUCUCUUCCUACUCGCUACCUUCGCCGUUACGUUUCACUCCUCUUGUGCGCGAGCGAACCUCCUCAUGUGUGUGCGUUUCUGCGAUUGUUUACUAGCCAUCACAUAGUCCAGUGAAGCGGUGUUCUGGUGGAGUUUUUGGUCGUGCGGGCGGGGCUCGUAAUUAUUGGUGGAGCGGGGAAGUGUCUUGCAAGCGCCGCGGUCGCUGGCGCAGUUUUGAAUUAGGGGAUCCCACGUCCGUCAAAACGACGAAUUCAUUGGCAUACGCAUGUUAUAAUGGAGACCAAAGGUGGUAAGAAGUCGAAGAGUUCAAUACAAUACGAGAGUCCGCUUGGAUACGUGAUUGAGGACGUAAGGCCGCACGGAGGAAGCGAGAAGUUCCGCACCGCAGCAUACUCGAACUGUGUCCGCAAGCCAUCCUUAGCCGGCUCUGUGGCCAGUCCAGGGUUUGAAGGAUUCGAGAAAAGACUCGACAUUGAGUUUCAUGCCCCUCCUGUCUUCAGGGAUCCGGAGGGUAAGGGACUCCGGGCCAUUCCCCGUGCUGAACUUGAUAGCAUGCUCCGUGCCGCAGAGUGCACCAUUGUUGCCCAAAUGAGCAACACUGAACUCGAUUCUUAUGUACUCUCCGAGUCAAGUCUUUUCAUCUACCCUCAUCGCAUGAUUAUUAAAACUUGCGGAACCACGCGUCUCCUCUGCGUUAUUCCUCAACUUCUAGAGAUAUCUUCGAAAUUGGCGCUGAAGAUAAGUCGAGUGAAGUACACCCGAGGAACAUUCCUGUUUCCUGCUGUCCAGCCAUAUCCUCAUGGAAGUUUCACCGAGGAGGUGCGGUUUUUGGAGGAAUACUUUGGAAAUCUGGGUGAUGGAGGAAAGGCUUUCGUGAUGGGUGGAAAGGGUAAAAGCUCGAACUGGCAUAUCUACACUGCCGCAGAUCAUGGGGCUGACGUUGAACCCGUCUACUCGCUUGAAAUGUGCAUGACGCAGCUCGACAGGCAGGCAGCCAGAAAUUUUGUUAAAGCUUCUGGUCUGGAGAGUGGGCUAGACAUGACGAAGGCAGCGAAGAUUGAUAAGAUGUUGCCUGACUCUCGCAUUUGCGACUUCGCCUUCGAUCCCUGUGGCUACUCCAUGAAUGGCAUAGAAGGAGGCGCUCAUUCCACUAUCCAUGUUACCCCUGAAGACGGCCUAAGCUACGCCAGCUUCGAGGCCAUGGGAUACACUCCUUGGCAGGUGGAUUUGCCAUCACUGGUGGAUAGAGUUGUCGCGUCAUUCAAACCGGCCGUCUUUGCCAUGUCAGUACAUGUAAGCAAUGCGAACAAGGCCUUGCACGCCUCUGGGUCAUGGGGUGAAUCAAUCUGCCCUAGUGGCUACAUGUGUGAUGGAAGUAGCCGUCAAGAGUUACCGUGCGGAAGCAUCGUUGUGUUCCACACAUUCAAAGAAAUUACUUUCAAGGAUGUGAAGGGUGCCUCUGUUGCAGCUGCUGCCCUGCCUUUGAUCCGGAGUGCCGCAGGGGCUAGCAAGGGUUGCAAGAAAGUGACUAUCAAGAAAAUGAAAGGAAAAACGGUUUGAUACGUGAUAUGUAGUACACCGAAAGUGGGAACGCGAAUGUGGAGGAUGUACAGGGAUCAGGAACUGUAAGUGAGCAGAUGAGUGCAUUUGUAGCGUGUAGUCGGGAUAUAGGGUAUACCCCAUCCAUUUCGGUGCUGAGAGUUCCGCAUUAUUUUGGAAGUUACUGUAGAUUGGCCGAUUAGACCUCUUACAAAUGAGCUUCGUACUUUUGUAAGUGUGUCUGAAAUGCACCUGAUCAUAUUUUCCUCUAAGUACUUCCCGAAUUACCCAUUGUGCGUGAAAUGUUGAUGGCGACAAAUAAACGAAUAGUAACACGUUUUAUACUUCAUUAAACAAAAUGUGUUCACAUGCCAAUUUCGUGA